CCGCCCGACGACGCCUGACUGUUCUGACGUCACUCCACUUCCUGUCUCCACCCAUUUGCAGCCAUGAUGCAGGAAGGGUUGGACGACGGACCCGACUUCCUCUCCGAGGAGGACCGGGGACCACGUGCAGUCAACGUGGACCUUCAAACAGACGCCAUGCUGCAGGUUGACAUCUCUGAUGCCCUGAGUGAGCGAGACAAGGUCAAAUUUACCGUUCACACCAAGAGCACGCUUCCCAACUUUAAGCAGAACGAGUUCUCGGUGGUCCGACAGCAUGAAGAGUUCAUCUGGCUGCAUGACUCCUUUGUGGAAAAUGAAGAAUACGCAGGAUACAUCAUCCCCCCAGCACCUCCAAGACCAGACUUUGAUGCAUCCAGAGAGAAGCUGCAGAAGCUGGGCGAGGGCGAGGGAUCCAUGACUAAAGAGGAGUUCACAAAGAUGAAGCAGGAGCUCGAGGCAGAGUACCUUGCCAUCUUUAAGAAAACCGUAGCCAUGCAUGAGGUCUUCUUAUGUCGUGUGGCGGCUCAUCCUGUGCUCAGGAAAGACCUCAAUUUCCAUGUCUUCCUGGAGUAUAACCAGGAUCUGAGUGUACGAGGGAAGAACAAGAAGGAGAAACUGGAAGAUUUCUUUAAAAAUGUGGUGAAGUCGGCAGAUGGUGUCUUGGUGGCUGGAGUCAAGGAUGUGGAUGAUUUCUUUGAGCACGAGAAGACGUUUCUGUUGGAAUAUCACAACAGAGUCAAGGAUGCUUCAGCCAAGUCUGACAGAAUGAUCCGAUCACACAAAAAUGCUGCUGAUGACAUCAACAGAAUUGCCUCAUCUCUCUACACAUUAGGAACACAGGACUCCACAGACCUCUGCAAGUUCUUCCUCAAAGUGUCAGAGUUGUUCGAGAAAACUCGGAAAAUUGAAGCUCGCAUUGCAGCAGAUGAAGACCUGAAGCUGGCCGACCUGCUGAAAUAUUAUUUGAGGGAGUCACAGGCUGCAAAGGAUCUCUUGUACCGGAGGAGUCGGGCUUUGGUCGACUAUGAGAACGCUAACAAGGCUCUAGAUAAGGCUCGGGCCAAAAACAGAGAUGUUCUGCAGGCUGAGACCAGUCAGCAGCUUUGCUGCCACAAGUUUGAGAAAAUCUCAGAGUCUGCCAAGCAAGAGCUCAUAGACUUUAAGACAAGGCGAGUGGCAGCCUUCAGGAAGAACCUGGUGGAGCUGGCCGAGCUUGAGCUCAAACACGCCAAGGGGAACCUCCAGCUGCUGCAGGGCUGUCUGGGCAUCCUGAAAGGAAACACUUAACUGUUUGAUACUGCAUACAUCCAGCUGGAUGCCCCCUGGCUUCUGUCCCGCCCAUUUCCAGCUGGACAAUCCCGUCACAUGGGUGAAACCUGCAAGGACAGAAAACCGACGCCAAGAUAACUGGACCUGGAGACAAAUAGAAAGAGUCUGAAAUAAAAAAGACAGGAAGUCUGUUGUCAUCAUCACUAACAAGACAGUCUUUUUUUUGUUUUUGUUUAAUGCCCUGAGUCCUGUUCAUCAUCUUCCUCUUUCUCAAGCAGCAUAAGUAUUGGUCCUACUGUUCUUUUGCCUGAUUUGCAGCGCCUGUACUGGCCCUACUGAGCCACCAUAACCAGCAGAGUAAGACUGCUCCCUCAGAGGUCCUAAUAAAUUAGCUGUUUCUGUGGUUUCAGUCUGAUUCUGCUAUAACUGGAUAUGAUUGGACAUUCUGUACUUUUUGUAAAUUUGUGAAGUUAAAUAAACCAGAUUCAGUCUAAAAUUGUCACCUUUUCAAAACGUAAAUAAAGAUUUUAGGUCAAAAGAGAAACAAGUGAAUGUGACUCCUAGGAGGGGAUACUGACCCGGUCUGCUGCAUCUGUACUCACGGGUCCAAGUUUGUCUCUGCUGGUGACCAACCUCCAUCUCAAGGCCGCUUCUGUCGUUUUUGAGUCUUAUUUAGUGCACAGCAGCAUAACUUUAGCUCAACAAGCUUACUGCUUUAACCAGAGAAGGAAAAAUCAGACAGUUGCUGAUUGUAUCGAACUGUAUUACUGUUGGCUUCUAUUGUGAUGCAUUGCACUCCUAUUAGUGUGGGGGUUUUAAUUUUUUUUGUGCUCUAAAAAACCCUCAGUCGACCACAGUGUCUGGUUAGUAGCUGUUCAUUGAACUUCUAUCAGUGUUUUAACGAACCUGGAAACAAGAUUCAUGUUUUGACUUUGUUUGAAAGUUUAAAGACUCAAAAACAGACAAAAGUAGUCAGUAAAAGACAAGUGUGUGUGUGUGCUGUUUUAUUUUUGUGCCACACAUGGCCUCACCUGUUGUUUUGCAUUUUCUGCCUCUUCGGUUCUGUUUAUUUUGGUGGCGCUUGUGUGUCCAGGGGGGAUCUUAAUGUGUAUCGACUUCCUGUGGCGCUGCUACUGCUGUGUGACGGCGUUUUGAGUCCAGUUCUCUGUUCCUGUUAAAGUGUAAAUUCACUAUAGAAAAAACAAACACAAACUUGUACAUGUUUGUAUUAGUUGACUAAUGAACGCUAACGAUCUUCAUCACUCAUUGUAGAUUCUUUGUUCACUUAUCAGACGUUUGUCACUCUAAUCGAAAGCGGAGCUUCUGUUUGCCUUAACGCUGAUCGGUGGCUCCUCAUGGGUCAUUGAAAAGAAAAAGUUAAGUCACCAAAUGAAAACAGUUUCUGUUCUUAUCCCUAUUUUUUAAUGAACUGUAUACGAAUGUUUUUCAAUCUUGUGUGACCAAAGCUGCUUCUGCUGAUUCAAGAAGGAAACAAAAAUAAUAAAAGAUGAUUAUGAAAUUCACAACAUUUUAGUUGUUUAAACUUCAGCAGGUCUGUAAUCCACCCUGAUCGUACUGAGACUCAAUAAAACUUUACAGUUUUCUUACAAAUAA